AUGGCUAUGAGCAGAUUGAGGUUAGGAAGACAGAAUUUUCAUCGGUUAAAGAGGAAGAGCUGAUUGCUGUUGAAACUCAUCGUCUUUGCUGUGCUUCUGUUUUGUGAAUUUUUAAUCUACUACUUAGUGAUCUUCUGGUGUAAUUGGCCUGAAGUGAAAACCACAGCCUAUGAUGGUGAACAGGCCAUGCAUGAGCCUGUGCUCAAAGUCAUGUCUUUGGCUGACACCUACUUGCUUGGGGAAUUCCUAGGUCACUGGUUGGACAAAUUACGAAGGAAAUGGCAGGUGGAGAGAGUCUUCCAGACAGCUCUGUGGUUGCUGCAGCCAGAAGUCGUCUUCAUCCUGGAGGAUGCCUUUGAUGAAGGGAAGUGGAGCACCCCUGAGGCCUGGGCGGAUGAUGUGGAGCAGUUUCAGAAAAUGUUCAGACACCCAAGUCAUGUGCAACUGAAGGUAGUUGCUGGAAACCAUGACACUGGCUUCCACUGUGAGAUGAACACAUACGAGAUAGAACAGAUUGAGAAAGUGCUCAUCUCUGAAAGGCUGUUUUCGCUGAAUGCCCUGAAAGGCAUUCACUUUGUGAUGGUCAACAGCAUGGCACUGAAGGAGGACAGCUGUGGCAUCUGUUCUGAAGCAGAAGCAGAGCUUAUUGAAGUUUCUUACAGACUGAAUUGCUCCCGAGAGCGUUAUCCUCUGUAUUGGAGAAGCGACGCUAACUGUUCUGGGGAAGAUGUUGCUCCUCCGGAGGAAAAGAACAUCCCAUUAAAGGAGAACUAUGAUGUGCUUUCUUGGGAGGCAUCACAAAAGCUGCUGUGUUGGUUCCAGCUACAGCUGGAUCUCAGCGGCCACAUGCACAGCACCUGCGAGGUGCACCACGGGGGACAAAUCCCCGAGCUCAGCUUCCCGUCUUUCAGUUGGAGGAACAGAAACAACCCCAGUUUCACUAUGGGUAGCAUCACACCCACAGACUAUGCCCUCUCCAGGUGCCACCUACCACGUGAGGACGUGGUUUUGAUCAUCUACUGUGGAGCGGUGGGCUUCCUUGUGGUUCUCACACUUACUCACUUUGAGCUUUUAGCCUCACCUUUUCUUUCUGGUUUGAACCUGCUCAGAAAGCAUAAGACAAGGUGAAAAGCAGGCAGCGUUUGCACUUAGUAAUAAAUAUCAAAGCCCAAGAAAUGGAACUUUGGACAGAGAUCAUGUUAGAAUCAAGUGGAUGAUGAGACUAAAUACAGGCCAUCUCUCUGCACAUCACAGACAUUCUCAAAUACUGAAACGGGUUACUGCAGAAUAAAUAGUAGAUUGUACUGUUCUCAUGCUAUAAAAAUGGAACAGGUACUCUACAACAACAAAAACAACAACAACAAAAGACACAGAGUGGUUCUGCCAUGCUCCUUCUCCCCUUCUUGCUGGCUACAGAAAUGAUCAGAUAGAUUAGCAGACUCUAAAGUAAGACUCCUCAAACUACCUGUGUUGAAGAACAUGAUUUCCACCCAACUCCAAUUCCCAUCUAUCAUGGACCAAAUUUUGGUCUAUAACCUGUUCAAUGAGCCGAGUCCACUGGUCAUGUGCCUGGAUGUCAUGACAACGUCAAAUCGUGGUAAAAGUUUCCGAAAGCGUAUUAUCCAUGUCACAACUCAAUUCAUGGUGGACUUCUACCAAGCAGUUUGUGGACUGGUACUUGCCUAUGGUCCACACUUAAGCAGCACUGCUCCCAGACAUGCAGAGACAAGCUGAAAGGUACCAGGGUUCCUGAUGGCUGCGUGGGGCAGAGUGAUCUGCCAGCCUAGAAUGUUCAAAUCAGAUGCUUACAUCUGAGAAAAAGAAACGAAAAACCAUAUUCUUUACUGUAUCUUAAUAUUGCUUUCUCCAGGAGGUAUGCUUUACCCUAAUAUAGAUGGGUCAUGCCAUGUAUUAAAAGGAAGAGUGGACUUUUGAACCAGGCAGAAUGACCCUUGCUGUAGCCCAAGCUGUAGACACAUUGGCUCUACUUGCUGGGACAAUGCCACGCCUCCCCAGGACAUUCCUGGGUGCUCAUGGUGUGCCAUACACUGAAGGAUGACGCAAGGCCACCGAUCCCCUGCCAACGGAUCCCUCGCUGGAUUCCUUUUCAUCUGUAGAUUCUUGGUAUGUGUGGGAAUGAUUUGGAUCCAAGUAAAUUCAUGUUCUGAGGCUCAAAGAAAAUCAAA